AGACAUAAAUAUGUUGCUCUACGUAUCCAUACUCCUCUCCGUCGUUUGUUUAGCGAUGGCCGACGAUGUCAUAUUACAAAAGAGGAUGUUUUAUCCUGGAGAGUCAACGGAGCCAUUCGACCCCAAAGUUAAGAAACCAUUCUGCAACGCUUUCACAGGCUGCGGAAAGAAGAGGUCUGGAGGAGACUCUAUGGCAACUUUGGUUGAUCUCAAUUCAGAACCUGCCGUCGAAGAACUCAGCAGGCAGAUACUUUCCGAAGCUAAACUUUGGGAGGCCAUUCAAGAAGCAAGGAUGGAACUCAACAAUAGAAAGCAACAAGAAGAACAGAUGCAUCCGAUGCCUUUGCCACUGACAGGAGUUCACAAGAGGUCUCAAUACUUAUACACAUGAGAGAUGUAUUAAAACUGUUGUAAUUAAUAUUUACAUAGUAAAUAUAUUAUUUUAAUAUACUAGUUUUUUUUAACCACACUCUUUACCUUCACCAUACAAAGUGAUCAUAAUUGAAAGUUAUAAAUCUAUACCUAUCUCAGUGCAAGUUACAUAAAAUAAAACAAAUACAACAAAAUUAAACAAUAUAAAUUGUCUUAAAGUAAAUAUUGUAUUUACAUUUAUUCUGACAAUAUCCAUAACAUUAUGUACAUAUUGCACAUUUUAAACCACCGAAAACAAAUUAAAUCACAAUUAAUAUUCUAAGGGCAAGCAUAUGAGUCAAGGGUUAAGUCUUGGAUUUAUUCCCGAACUUAUUCGGAAACUAUUUAUUACUAUUUUAAUUAUAUUACUUAUUCUAUUAAUUAUAAAAGUUAAUUAUAUCCAUGAAAGCAUGAUAUAAUAGAACUUAAAACUAACCAAUGACUCAACAGCCAGCACUAACAAAUCAAAAAAUAUUUCUAAAAAAAAAAAGAAAUAAACAUAAAAAUAUUUUUAACAAGUCUACUGACUUAUAAAAAUUUUCUUCCAGUUUUAAUGCUAGCGAUUUCCAUUACAAAAACAAGAACAUUACUUUCAACUGUUUGUUACUAUUUUUUUUUUUAAUUAUAAUACAUAUCUUUUUUUUAAACAUAAACUUGAUCUCUAUCUCAAUUCCAUUAUAGAAAAUCUAUUAAACUUGGAAGUAAAAUUUUUAUUGACCUGCAAUAAAUAGAGAUAUAAAAAAAUAAACAAUUAAGAUCAUGGAUCCUUAACCAUCCAGAUAACGGAAUUAUUUUGAGUGUCUGUGUUUAAAAAUCUUAAAAUGGAUGAAUUAAUAUAAAGGUUAUAUGUAAAAUAUCACUUACAAUAUUAUUUAUAUAUAUAUAUAUAUAUAUAUAUAU